AUGGGCUCAUUAUAUGCAACAACAGAUUCAAUUUUACGUGCUCGUCCUGUUUUUGACUGGAUAUUAUUAGAACAUCAUAAUAUAAUUUCAAAUUCUGAUAUUUACUCUUUGAUGCAAGAUGAAGAGUUUUUCACAACCUGUUAUCAGAUUCGUUCAGUUUGGACUCCUAUUAAGGAAUGCAUCAAUAUACUUGAAGCAAAAUCAGCUUCUUUAGCUGAUUGUUUUGGUAUUAAUGAUGAUGGAUUCAGAGAUGCAGCAAUUACUGCUACAACUCUUUGGCAAAGUUUGGAAUUUCACCAAAGUUCAGGCGUAUCUUCACAAGCAGACUGUGAACGAAAUUUUUCCAUGCUUAAAUGGAUAAUUGGAGAUAGACGUGUAAGACUUGAUAUUAAAAAACUAGAAGAUUUGAGUAGUGCAGAAUUGAGAGAAAUUGCUAAUAUUUCUGCGGUUGGUAAUAUUAUUUCUUUAAAUGAUAAAGAUGAUGACAUCACUGAUAAUAUAUUAUUAGAGGGAAGAAGAGAAAUGGAAAUACAGACAUGUACUAAUUUAGUAUUGGAAGAUUUUAUUGAUCUUUCACAAACAUUUGAUAAUAUAGAAACUGUAAAUUUAGAAAAUAAUGAUAAUGUAGAUAAAAGAAAUGGAAAUAUGAAUUUUGAUCCUAUUACUUGA